CAAAACAUCUUCAAAAUGACGAGGAUUUUGACAGCUUGCAAAGUGGUGAAGACACUGAAGAGUGGCUUUGGUUUUGCCAAUGUGACUACGAAGCGACAGUGGGACUUCUCCAGACCUGGCAUCAGGCUCCUUUCUGUGAAGGCAAAGACAGCACACAUUGUUCUGGAAGAUGGAACCAAGAUGAAAGGCUACUCCUUUGGCCAUCCCUCCUCUGUUGCUGGUGAAGUGGUUUUUAAUACUGGCUUAGGAGGGUACCCGGAAGCACUUACUGAUCCUGCCUACAAGGGCCAGAUCCUCACCAUGGCCAACCCUAUCAUUGGGAAUGGUGGGGCUCCCGACACCACUGCCCGAGACGAACUGGGACUGAAUAAGUACAUGGAGUCUGAUGGGAUCAAGGUGGCAGGUCUGCUGGUUCUGAAUUACAGUAAUGACUAUAACCACUGGCUGGCUACCAAGAGUCUGGGUCAAUGGCUGCAGGAGGAGAAGGUCCCUGCAAUUUAUGGAGUGGAUACAAGAAUGCUGACUAAAAUAAUUCGGGAUAAGGGUACCAUGCUUGGGAAGAUUGAAUUUGAAGGCCAGUCUGUGGAUUUUGUGGAUCCCAAUAAGCAGAAUUUGAUUGCUGAGGUUUCAACCAAGGAUGUCAAGGUGUUUGGCAAAGGAAACCCCACGAAAGUGGUAGCUGUGGACUGUGGGAUAAAAAACAAUGUCAUCCGCUUGCUAGUUAAGCGAGGAGCUGAAGUGCAUUUGGUCCCCUGGAAUCACGACUUCACCCAGAUGGAGUACGAUGGACUUUUGAUUGCUGGGGGACCUGGGAAUCCAGCUCUUGCACAGCCACUAAUUCAGAAUGUGAAAAAGAUUUUGGAGAGUGACCGCAAAGAGCCAUUGUUUGGAAUCAGUACAGGAAACAUAAUAACAGGAUUGGCUGCUGGUGCCAAAUCCUACAAGAUGUCCAUGGCCAACAGAGGACAGAACCAACCUGUUUUGAAUAUCACAAACAGACAGGCUUUCAUAACUGCUCAGAAUCAUGGCUAUGCUCUGGACAACACACUCCCUGCUGGCUGGAAACCACUGUUUGUGAAUGUCAAUGAUCAAACAAAUGAGGGGAUUAUGCAUGAGAGCAAACCUUUCUUCGCUGUGCAGUUCCACCCAGAGGUCAGCCCGGGGCCAACAGACACUGAGUACCUAUUUGAUUCCUUCUUCUCCCUGAUAAAGAAGGGCAAAGGCACCACCAUUACCUCAGUUCUGCCCAAGCCAGCGUUGGUGGCAUCUCGUGUCGAGGUCAGUAGAUGUGGACUUGGUUUUGGUUUUGCAUUUGAAUGGGAACAUUUAGGUUAGAACACUCGAUUCUUCUUCCAGGAAGAAAAUGUCAAAACAGUCCUGAUGAACCCAAACAUCGCAUCUGUGCAGACCAACGAGGUGGGAUUGAAGCAGGCAGAUGCAGUCUACUUUCUCCCUAUUACCCCCCAGUUUGUCACAGAAGUUAUCAAGGCUGAACGGCCUGAUGGGCUGAUUCUGGGCAUGGGUGGCCAGACAGCUCUGAACUGUGGAGUGGAACUAUUCAAGAGGGGUGUGCUCAAGGAAUAUGGUGUGAAGGUCUUGGGAACAUCAGUUGAGUCCAUUAUGGCCACAGAAGACAGGCAGCUUUUCUCAGACAAGCUGAAUGAGAUCAACGAGAAGAUUGCUCCCAGUUUUGCAGUGGAAUCAAUGGAGGAUGCCUUGAAGGCAGCAGACACCAUUGGCUACCCUGUGAUGAUUCGGUCUGCAUAUGCUCUGGGUGGCUUAGGCUCUGGCAUCUGUCCCAAUAAGGAGACCUUAAUAGACCUUGGCACAAAAGCAUUCGCUAUGACCAACCAGAUCCUGGUGGAGCGGUCAGUGACAGGUUGGAAAGAAAUAGAAUAUGAAGUUGUCCGAGAUGCAGAUGAUAACUGUGUCACAGUCUGUAACAUGGAAAAUGUUGACGCCAUGGGUGUUCACACAGGUGACUCGGUUGUCGUGGCCCCAGCCCAGACACUCUCCAAUGCAGAGUUCCAGAUGUUGAGACGCACUUCAGUCAAUGUUGUUCGUCACUUGGGCAUUGUGGGCGAAUGCAACAUUCAGUUUGCUCUUCACCCCACUUCCAUGGAAUACUGUAUCAUUGAAGUGAAUGCCAGGCUGUCCCGGAGUUCUGCCCUGGCCUCCAAGGCCACUGGCUACCCACUGGCAUUCAUUGCAGCAAAGAUUGCUCUAGGAAUCCCACUUCCAGAGAUCAAGAAUGUUGUAUCUGGGAAGACCUCAGCCUGCUUUGAACCUAGCCUGGAUUACAUGGUGACCAAGAUUCCUCGCUGGGAUCUUGACCGUUUCCAUGGAACAUCCAGCCGAAUUGGUAGCUCAAUGAAAAGUGUGGGCGAGGUCAUGGCCAUUGGUCGCACCUUUGAGGAAAGUUUCCAGAAGGCUCUGAGGAUGUGCCAUCCAUCUGUGGAUGGGUUCACUCCCCGGCUCCCAAUGAAUAAGGAAUGGCCAGCAAACCUGGAUCUGAAGAAAGAGCUGUCUGAGCCCUCCAGCACCCGCAUCUACGCCAUUGCUAAGGCCUUGGAGAACAACAUGCCCCUUGAUGAGAUUGUGAAGCUCACGUCCAUCGACAAGUGGUUUCUGUAUAAGAUGCGUGACAUUUUAAACAUGGAUAAGACACUGAAAGGGCUUAACAGUGAGUCUGUUACAGAAGAAACUCUGAGAAAGGCCAAGGAGAUUGGGUUCUCAGACAAACAGAUUUCAAAAUGUUUGGGACUGACUGAAGCCCAGACAAGAGAGCUGAGAUUAAAGAAAAACAUCCACCCUUGGGUUAAACAGAUUGAUACAUUGGCUGCAGAAUACCCAUCAGUAACAAACUACCUGUAUGUUACCUACAACGGCCAGGAGCACGAUAUCAAAUUUGAUGAACAUGGAAUAAUGGUUCUGGGCUGUGGUCCAUACCACAUUGGCAGCAGUGUGGAAUUUGAUUGGUGUGCUGUCUCCAGUAUCCGUACACUGCGCCAACUUGGCAAGAAGACAGUGGUGGUGAAUUGUAACCCAGAGACUGUGAGCACUGAUUUUGAUGAGUGUGACAAACUCUACUUUGAAGAGCUGUCUUUGGAGAGAAUCCUAGACAUCUACCACCAGGAGGCAUGUAAUGGCUGCAUCAUAUCAGUUGGGGGCCAGAUUCCAAACAACUUGGCGGUCCCGCUGUACAAGAAUGGUGUCAAGAUCAUGGGUACAAGCCCUCUGCAGAUCGACAGGGCUGAGGAUCGCUCCAUCUUCUCAGCUGUCUUAGAUGAGCUAAAGGUGGCCCAGGCUCCAUGGAAAGCUGUGAACACUUUGAAUGAAGCACUGGAAUUUGCAAACUCUGUGGGCUACCCCUGCUUACUGAGACCUUCCUAUGUUUUGAGUGGGUCUGCCAUGAACGUGGUAUUCUCUGAGGAUGAGAUGAAAAGGUUCCUUGAGGAGGCCACUCGAGUCUCUCAGGAACACCCGGUGGUGCUGACCAAGUUUGUGGAGGGGGCCCGGGAAGUAGAGAUGGACGCUGUUGGCAAAGAAGGACGGGUCAUCUCCCAUGCCAUCUCUGAACAUGUUGAAGAUGCAGGUGUCCACUCAGGAGAUGCCACCCUGAUGCUACCUACACAGACCAUCAGCCAAGGAGCCAUUGAAAAGGUGAAGGAUGCCACACGAAAGAUUGCAAAGGCUUUUGCCAUCUCUGGGCCAUUCAAUGUCCAGUUUCUUGUCAAAGGAAAUGAUGUCUUGGUGAUUGAGUGCAAUCUGAGAGCAUCAAGAUCCUUUCCCUUUGUCUCCAAGACUCUUGGGGUGGACUUCAUUGACGUGGCUACAAAGGUGAUGAUCGGGGAGAGCAUUGAUGAGAAGCGACUUCCCACGCUGGAGCAGCCCAUCAUUCCCUCUGACUACGUUGCCAUUAAGGCUCCAAUGUUUUCCUGGCCCCGAUUGAGAGAUGCUGAUCCUAUUCUGAGAUGUGAGAUGGCUUCUACUGGAGAGGUGGCGUGCUUCGGUGAGGGUAUUCACACCGCCUUCCUGAAGGCCAUGCUGUCUACAGGGUUUAAGAUACCUCAGAAGGGCAUUUUGAUUGGAAUCCAGCAAUCAUUCCGUCCAAGAUUCCUUGGUGUUGCUGAGCAGUUGCACAAUGAAGGUUUCAAGCUUUUUGCCACAGAAGCUACAUCAGACUGGCUCAAUGCCAACAACGUCCCUGCCACCCCUGUGGCUUGGCCAUCUCAGGAAGGACAGAAUCCCAGCCUCUCUUCCAUCAGAAAGUUGAUAAGAGAUGGAAGCAUUGACCUAGUGAUUAACCUCCCUAAUAACAACACCAAAUUUGUCCAUGAUAAUUACGUGAUUCGGAGGACAGCUGUGGACAGUGGAAUUGCUCUCCUCACUAAUUUCCAGGUGACCAAACUUUUUGCUGAAGCUGUGCAGAAAUCUCGCACUGUGGACUCCAAGAGUCUGUUCCACUACAGGCAGUACAGUGCUGGAAAGGCAGCCUAAAGCAGUAUGCUUGUCUGGUGAAUUCAUCCUUCAGUCAGCUCGAGCCAUGCUGCACCAAAGGGACUGGUCCCAGCCUAUCUCCAGGAAUGGAUGGUGUUGCCAAACUUUAUUUUGGUUUUCUUUGUUCUUAGUAGUCUGUAUCUUUAACCACUAAAUUGUUGUCAGUCACUGUUUCAAAACUAUAGGUUCUUCCCAAGUCAUUUGUUCUUCACAAGGAAUUCAACCAUUCACACAUUAUCUUUUGUAGACUGACUUAACAUUUCAUGGUGCUGGUUUAUAACGAUUGAAGUAGGAAAAGCUGCUGCCCUAUCUCCUGAAUUCUAUACUCUAAACAUACUCUUGUUUUAAAGUAACUUCAGUCACACCCAAAGCCCACAAACAGGACAGAUUACCAUGAAAUUUUGUUAAAAUAAAAUAUGGAUUUAUUUUACGAAUGGCAUCAUGAUGUUUGUGUAUUCUUCUUUUUUUGGCAAUGAUUCUCACUUAUAUAGUCAACCUAGAAAUAGCAUUUUUUCUUCCCAUGAUUCACAAAGUGACAUUGGAUUUCUUUGAUAGAUCCUUGCUUGAGGUUUUAGAAGAUGUCAGCAAAUGGCAGAGAACACAGAAGUGGUUAUUUUCUUGAUAUUCAUGUUGGAUUUUAAUAUAAGCCAAGUGAAAUGUAUAGACUCAUUCACCUUCUACUCAAAUUUUGAAACACUUUAGAAGUCCCUGUUCCUUUUGUAUGAUGGAUUCUGGCAGUAGCCUGACUCUCACCUUGUAUUCUGUAUACCACACAUAUUACACAUAGGGCCUCCAUUCCUUUACAUGCAACAUUUUUUUCUUUCUUUCAAGAUAGCAUUUGUUGCUUUUAAGUGUUUUGGUUAUUACAAUACUUUAAUUGUGAACUUUUAAAUAAAAUACUAUUAAGUGAAAA